AUGAAGCCAGAAUUGCGAGAGACCUGGACCCCCGCCAUCAACGUCCUGACAUGGUUCAUGCUGGUGACUUCCAUUCUGAGUGUCUUUACUCGAUUGGGUACAAAGUACUGGAUCUUUCGCAAAUUGACAAUCGACGAUGUCUUAAGUAUUGCGGCUCUGAUAGCUUGUGUUGGUCAGUCUGUUGCAGUCUCCAUGGCCACUGAAGGUGGGCUUGGACAGCAUUUUCUUCCAUUGGAUGCAUCUAAUGUGGAAAAAAUGAUGAAAUCUCAAUACACCGCAAACAUCCUCUUCGUUGUCAGCAUGUGCUGUUCCAAGCUCGCUCUGAUGAUGUUCAUUCGAAACUUAUCACCCGCUUCGCUCGAUCGGCAAUUUGCUCUUGGCCUGGGUAUAUUCAUCGUCCUUUGGGCUAUUUCUGGCGUUUUCACCGCCGCCUUUCAGUGUCGUGUCCCUGCUACUUGGGAUUACAUAAAUGGCAAAUGUUUUGAUUUGGUGGCAUGGUGGAAUUAUCUUGGAGUCACCAACAUCAUAUCCGAGGGAGGAAUUAUUGCUCAGGCACUGUUGGUGAUUAUCCGUGUCCAAGCAGAUAUCCACAAAAAGAUUGUUUUGUCGAGCGUCUUUCUUUUCAGAGUUGUCGUGGUAAUUGCCAUUAUAUGCCAAUUGGCCUACGCGAAAGAUACAAAAGGAUCAGAUGAUCCAUCAUGGGAUACAUGGACCGUGGUGGUUUCCACACAGAUGACCCAGGCAUUGAGCAUCGUCACUGCCUGUUCUCCUCAGUUCAAACCUUUCCUCGACAGUCUUCGGUCAUCAGGAAUGAGUCUCGGAGGAACAAGCUAUGGGAGCCGACAGAGGACCUAUGCUGGAACUAUCUACAAAAUAUCGCGUGGUCGUCGCACUGGAGAGACUCCUAGUGAGACGCAUGAGCUUGUCACAAUGCCAGGAGAUACUGUCAACCAGACUAUUGUGACUUCCUCGCCAGAUUGUGACGCCGAAAGUCAGACGAGCCAGUCGCAGAUCAUUCGCGAGGUCCGUACAUGGACUGUCACGGAGACUCGACUGUAA